AUGUGUAAUGCAUUUCUUUGGAAUGGAGCUCCAAACUCUGCUCGAGGCGCAAAGAUUUCUUGGGAGAUUGUUUGCACCUCUAAAGAAUCUCAUUUGGUUACUUUUUACUGCGACUGGGUUCGACGGAACCUCAUCCGGAACUGGAACUUCUGGGAUCUAAAUCCUGCUUCGACAGGUAGCUGGAUUUGGAGGAGGUUGUGCAAGUUAAGACCUCUUGCAAAAUCUUUCAUUGUCUGUGUUGUGGGCUCAGGAGAGACUGCAAGCUUUUGGUAUGACAACUGGACCGGCUUGGGGCCUCUCCUCGAUCUUACAGGUCCUAACGCCCCUCAGAUUGUCGGGUUGCCUUUGCAUGCUGUUAUGCUUCAGUGCCAACACGAUGAUACUUACCUAUGGAAGACUAAUCAGAGUCCCCCUUCUGACAUGUUUUCCACGAGCAAGACAUGGUUAGCACUAAACCCCCCUGGAAAUCGAGUUCCUUGGCACAAGUCAGUCUGGUUCAAACACAGAAUCCCCAAACAUGCGUUUAUCUGCUGGGUUGCGGCGUGGAACCGUCUUCACACAAGAGACAGAUUGCGGAACUGGGGGCUAAAUGUUCCUGCACUUUGUCCCCUGUGCGAUACUCACCCUGAGUCCAGGGACCAUCUGUUCUUCCAGUGUGAGUACAGUGCUUCAAUAUGGACCUUCUUCACUAUCAGGGCACGGGUGUCCCCUCCUACUCAGUUCAUGCCUUGCCUCCUAUGGAUUCACUCUGCCUCAUCAAAUGGUAACUUAGCUACAAUCCUAAAGCUCGCUUUCCAAGCUUCAAUCUAUCAUAUAUGGAAGGAGCGGAAUCAGCAAAUUCACUCUGCUCAGUCCAAACCCGCCACAGUCAUUAUCAAGGAGAUUCAAACUCUCAUCCGAGCUCGUCUUUUGCCUCUUUCCAUCUAUACGCUCCACCAGACUCAAAACCAAACCUUGCUAAUUACAUGGUUCAGCCUCUUCUUGUGA